CUCCCGCCCCCUUACGGUCCCGCACCAAUGCAGCUGGACUGUUUACCCUUUCCCCGCCGCCUUCCUUGGACCAGGGGCUUCAGCUUGGCGGUCUCACUUGGCGUGCGGAGGUGGCCUUCCGGCCACUCGCAGUUUGUCCGGCCUUCUCUCCUCCUCUUCCUCCUCCUCGCAUGCCCUUUGUGCCGUGCGCGACCGCGUCCCGCCCCUCUCAGCCCGAUGCGGAGGCCAGGCCACCCAGCGGGUUUCUGUCAAAUGGCCCACCCUUGGCCGGCCUCGGUAGGCCCCAAUCCUUUCGGGGUUGUCUCUGGCAACUUGAUCGAUGUGGACUGCGUUGAGGGGGCAGCCGGCGAUCAUCGUGCCAUCGGGCUGAGCGUGCGCAAUUCCAUGGCUCCCAAGCGGGGCUGAUCUGUCUGCGCCGGCUCAACCUCUAGAUCCUGUCCGCUGGCGCGCGCUCGGCCUAGCCCACGACACUGAUUGUCGAGUGCCUUGCGUCUGGAUUGAGUGCCUGCUUGUUCUCUGUUUAUAUUUCGCAUGCCCCGCUCGCAUCGGCCCCUGGGAGACACGAUAUCGCCCGUGUGCCUGUCUCUGCCUCCACGCCGAAGCUGCUCACGCCGGCGCCCGGAUCUAGCCGGGCCGACACAUGGCGAGAGGCGGAGACGUGCACAGGGGGGCCCACCCUGUGUACGACGAGGGCCAGCCCGGGCCGCAGAUGGCGAACCUGCACGCCGGAUCCUGCGCUCAUCUGUUGCUGAUGGGCACGUUGUGCUCUUUUUUUCCUUUUUUUUGCUUCCACCAGCCGGCAUGCACGCACCCGAGGGUCACUCCACUCGGGAAGCUGGCCUCGUGCAUGUGUACCCCUCGGUGAUAUGGCCCCAGCCCUCCGAGCCAUCUGCCUCCGGGCAGGUCUCCUAGGGAGCUGCAUUCGGAAGGCCCCCAG